AAUUCCUGCAGAAACUUCGCCAUCCAAACACCAUCGAGUAUCGAGGGUGUUAUCUGAAGGAACACACGGCAUGGUUGGUGAUGGAGUACUGCCUCGGAUCCGCCUCCGACCUCCUUGAAGUUCACAAAAAGCCUCUGCAGGAGGUGGAGAUUGCUGCUAUUACUCACGGAGCGCUGCAGGGGCUGGCCUACCUUCACUCUCACAACAUGAUCCACAGGGAUGUGAAAGCAGGAAACAUCCUGCUGACGGAGCCCGGUCAAGUCAAACUGGGCGACUUUGGCUCUGCCUCCAUUGUGGCCCCGGCAAACUCCUUCGUGGGGACACCCUACUGGAUGGCUCCAGAGGUGAUCCUGGCCAUGGAUGAGGGCCAGUACGACGGCAAAGUGGAUGUGUGGUCGCUGGGCAUCACCUGCAUCGAGCUAGCGGAGAGGAAGCCCCCCCUGUUCAACAUGAACGCCAUGAGUGCCUUAUAUCACAUCGCUCAGAAUGAGAGCCCCGUCCUGCAGUCCAAUCACUGGUCCGAUUCCUUCCGCAACUUUGUGGACUCGUGUCUGCAGAAGAUUCCACAGGACCGGCCCACCUCCAAUGUGCUGCUCAAUCAUCGAUUCCUGUGCCGCGAGCGUCCCCUGACGGUGGUCAUGGAUCUAAUCGCCCGCACCAAGGACGCCGUGCGCGAACUGGACAACUUGCAGUAUCGCAAGAUGAAGAAGAUCCUCUUCCAGGAGACGCAGCAGAACGGCCCCGUGUCGGAGGGAGCAGAGGACGAGGAGGAGGUGGAGCAGUACCUGUUGCACACGGGCACGGUCAACAGCAUGGAGAGCUCGCAGUCGGUGCCCAGCAUGUCCAUCUCGGCCAGCUCUCAGAGCAGCUCUGUCAACAGCCUGGCCGACGCCUCGGACGACAGCAGCGGCGAGAUGGCCAUGAUGCAGGAGGGAGAGCACACGGUCACCUCCAACAGCUCCAUCAUACACCGACCGGCGGCCCAGGACAACAUCUACGAUGACCCUUACCAGCCGGAGCUGGAGCAGCCCCAGGCUCCCUCCGCAGGCCGCCGCAGAGUUUACUACCGCAACCGAGACCACUUUGCCACCAUCAGAACUGCCUCCUUGGUAACCCGGCAGAUACAGGAGCACGAGCAGGGCUCGGCGCUGCGGGAGCAGAUGUCGGGAUACAAGCGCAUGCGGCGGCAGCACCAGAAGCAGUUGAUGGGCCUGGAGAACAAGCUGAAGGCCGAGAUGGAUGAGCAUCAGCUCAAGCUGGAUAAGGAGCUAGAGAACCAGAGGAACAGCUUCUCCUCGGAGGCCGACAAGCUGGUCAAGAAGCACCAGGCUAUCCUGGAGAAGGAGACCAAAGCUGCACUGGCGGAGGAAAAGAAGUUCCAACAGCACAUUCUGGGCCAGCAGAAGAAAGAACUGACCAGCCUACUGGAGUCGCAGAAGCGUCAGUAUCGUCAGCGCAAGGACCAGCUGAAAGAGGAGCUGAACGAGAACCAGUCGACCCCCAAACGGGAAAAGCAGGAGUGGCUGAUCCGGCAGAAGGAGUGUCUGCAGCAGAUGCAGGCGGAGGAGGAGGCCAGUUUGCUCCGGCGGCAGAGGCAGUACUACGAGUUGCAGUGUCGUCAGUACAAGAGGAAAAUGCUGCUCGCUCGACACAACCUGGAGCAGGAUCUGCUCAGAGAGGACUUGAACAAGAAGCAGACCCAGAAGGAUCUGGAGUGCGCCAUGCUGCUGCGCCACCACGAAUCCACUCAGGAGCUGGAAUUCCGGCAGCUGGGAUCAGUGCAGCGCACCCGCGCCGAGCUGAUCCGAACACAGCACCAGACGGAGCUGACCAACCAGAUGGAGUACAACAAGCGGCGGGAGCAAGAACUGCGCCAGAAACACACCAUGGAGGUGCGGCAGCAGCCCAAAAGCCUUAAGUCGAAAGAGCUGCAGAUCAAGCGUCAGUUCCAGGAAACAUGCAAGAUCCAGACGCGUCAGUACAAAGCCUUGCGCAACCACCUCCUGGAGAGCACGCCCAAGUCGGACCACAAGGCCGUGCUCAAGCGCGUCAAGGAGGAGCAGACACGCAAGCUGGCCAUCCUGGCCGAGCAGUACGACCACUCCAUCAACGACAUGCUGUCCACGCAGGCUGUGAGUAAGCUUCGACUGGACGAGACCCAGGAGGCGGAGUAUCAGGUGCUGCGCAUGCAACUGCAACAGGAACUGGAGCUGCUCAACGCCUACCAGAGCAAGAUCAAGAUGCACACGGACACGCAGCACGAGCGAGAGAUCAAAGAGCUGGAGCAGAGGGUGUCCAUACGCCGCGCGCUGCUCGAGCAACGGAUCGAGGAAGAGAUGCUGUCCCUGCAGAACGAGCGCUCCGAGCGUAUCCGGACGCUUCUGGAGCGCCAGGCUCACGAGAUCGAGGCUUUCGACUCGGAGAGCAUGCGGCUGGGCUUCAGCAACAUGGCGCUGAGCGGCAUCCCGGCCGAGGCCUACAACCAGGGCUACCCUGCCCCCAGCCCCUCUUCGGGCUCAGGGGGCUGGCCCUCGCGCCCCGUCCCCCGCUCGGGCAGCCACUGGAGCCACAGCGUGCAGAACUCUGUGGCUGCGCCAUCCUGGCGCGGUCAGAACCACGGCAGCGGAGGCUUUGUCCGGACCGAGUCGACGGUGUCGUCGCACGGCUUCGGCAGGGACAGCGACCCCAUGAAGGGCGGCAGGGCGUCGUCCUCGUCCUCUGCGUCAUCGUCAUCAUCCUCCUCGAACCUCCGCCAACACCUUCACCAGCAGUCGCAACAGCAGCCGCCGCAGCCUCACUAUCUCCCCCAACACUACCAGCACCACCAGAGCACGCCGCACCUCUACCGUGACGAGAGGGAGCGCGCCAGGGAGUGGGUGGGAGGCAGCGGCCACUAUUCCCAUCAUUCCCAGGGCGGGCACUAUCACCACCACCUGUCAUCCCACGCCUCCUCGCAGUCCCUGGCCCUGCUGCCGCCCACUCCUGCACCUCCGCCCGUCUCCCUGUCCUCCUCCCCUCCGUCCUCGGCCUCCUCGUCCUCAUCGUCUCAGGGGGGCUACGGCGGCGGAGGCCUAGGGGUGCGCGGCCCCGGCCUGAUGCCACUCCGGAACAGCCCACAGCCUCUGCGUAGGACGGCCUCGGGUGGGCCAGCCAGCGGCGGAGGCGAUGGAGGACUGAGUCGGAGCACAUCAGUCACAUCGCACAUUUCCAACGGCUCACACCUGUCCUACUCGUGAAGAUUCUGCCCAGAGACUGUUGACUUUUCCUUUUCAAUUCCUUCACGUGUCGUUUGCAGUUUUUGUUGCACAAGAUCAAGUUUGAGAUUUUGCUCUCGGACGUCGCGUGGCGCUUCCUCUCAGCUAGUGGUGCUUUUCAAAACCAACCCCACUCUGUAACUAGGCUCUUGCGCCUCCUCUUUUGGUGUUAGAUGCUGUUGAGCAGAGAUUGUGUAGACAGCCACAUCAACAAAACCACUCCACGUGCCAGUCUUCCCUUCACCGCCACGUCGGCAAGUUAGCUUAGCACUCGCCCAGUCGCUUCAACUUGCAGUUAUCUUAGCCUAGCUGAGCACAACGGCCAUAUUUUGCUGUGUU